UGUGUGUAUGUGUUUGUGUGUAUGUGUGUGCCUCGCGUCCCCGGGCUCGGCGAGGGGCCGGGGCGACGGCGACGCGGCUUGGUUUCGGCCCCGUCCGCGUCGACGGCGCCCCGCGCUCUUACGGCGGCGAGGGCACGGCGGGGUAUGUAUGGAUGUAUGUUUGUGUGUGUAUGUUUGUGUGUGUGUAUGUAUGUUUGUGUGUGUGUAUGUAUGUAUGUGUGUGUGUAUUGUAUGUGUGUGUGUUGUGUGUAUGUAUGUGUGUAUGUAUGUGUGUAUGUAUGCAUGUAUGUAUGCAUGUAUGUAUGUAUGUAUGCAGGGGUGUGGAGCCGGAGCCGGAGCCACUCGGAGCCACACGAUUUGCCCGGAGCCGGAGCCACUCUGACUUUGUGGCUCCUGUGGCUCCGACCUCCGAAACUCGAAUCAUUCCAUUCCGCCUUACGCAAGGACGGAUAACCACUUCAUGAACGCGUGCUGGUGCUGCAAUGUUCGCAAAAAAUGCGACACGUUGCAUUAUAAAGUCUUUCUCAGGGCUUCUCAUAACAAUGUGCUUACCAGUGAGCAUUCAAGGGGGUCGCUGGUCAGUGGUCACUGGUCAGGCACGUCUGUAAUUGGUUGCGUCCAAGGACGUCGCCAGGUAUUUUCGGUUGGAGGUGCAGGUCUCUGUGAAAGGGCCCAAAACACUUAAAAGGCCCAAAGUAACCGGCUACAAAAACCUAAAACUGAUCGGAAUUAGGCCACUAUUUUUGGGAAAGGGCCCAUUUAAUGAACAAAACAAAAAUGAAAAGCUUUUUUAACGUACAUUUAGCUCUCGGUUGGGGGUGCAGCUGCACCCCCUGCACCCCCUGUGGCGCCGUCCUUGGUUGCGUCGUCCGUCGUGGCGGCGGCGCGUCGUUCCCACGCUAGCCCCUCCCCAUUUCGGGGGAGAUGUGUCUCGCAUGUCAGUUCGCCUCGUCGGUGCAGCGCGGCACGCAGUGUCGUCUUGGACUCUCAGGGAGGUGAGUACACUGUGGCGUCUCGCGUGUUUCUCCUUUCUGUUUCUUGACAUCUCAAUCUAUUUAGUUUGUGCUGGUGUUGGCUAAUGGAUGACACACGUCUUUCUAUCAAUAAUGUGGUGAUGCAGGCUGCAUUUGUUUGACGGCGUGACAGGAGAAAUGGAGCAAUUGCUGUGAAACGUUCGAAUACCGCGAUGGAUAUGGGGGUGGGAGGGGGAGAGUCUCAGGCACUUUGUUGGCUAUGGGCAUGCAGCAACAGUCUGUAUGUAUAUAAGAUUGAGAUUGAGAUAACUGAAUCAGCCCUGCACUUACUUAAUGUUGCCGAUUUGGUAAUACAUAGGUAUAUUUCACAGAAACAUGGCGGCAGCUAAAGGACCGAGAAGUAAAGUAUAUGACUACUUUUCCGUUGGUGAUGAAGGACUGUUUGUUUGCGGUGUCAUCGAUGAGGUCGGAAAAGCCUGUCAGAAAUCGGUCAGCCGCAAGACGAAGGGAGGCGGCGGCUCCUCCGCGCAUAAUCUAAAACGUCAUCUACAGCGAUUCCAUGAGGAGGAAUACAAGCUUGUUGUGAAGGCCGACGAACCACCUUCCAAGAGUGCGCGUGUCGACACCUCUACUGAAUCCCAACCAAAACGUCAGACCCAACAGCGUAUGGAUAGGUACAUCACGUCUUCGAAAGUGACACUGAAUAUCAGCAAGAGCGAGUUCACCGACGGACUUGUGAGCAUGGUGGUAAGGACUCCUUGCCGCUCUCCUUCUUCUCGUCCUCGGCCGGCUUCGGUGCCAUCGCCGGGUCCAUCGCGAGGCAGCUGCACGUCAGCCUGGACAGGAACGCCGUUCGCGAGAUGGUGAUCAAUCGGGCUCGGCAACUGGAGUCUGGCCUCAUCAGCAUCAUGAGGAACAAACCCGUGUACUUGAAGAUGGACGGAGCAACCCGGCUUGGCUCCAGUUACCUGGCUAUCAACGCCCAGUUUUUUCACGACGGGAAGCCGACAAUCAAGACACUAGCUGUCACGGACUGUGCCGGCAAGCACACUGCGAAGGAAACGCUGGAGCUGCUCAAGAAAGCGCUGGAGAGGUACGAGCUCAACAAAGAUCAAGUGCUUGCUGUGGUCACGGACAAUGCCAGGGCGAUGGUGAAAACCGUAGAGCUAUUGAACCAGAGUGAUGAAGAGAGGAGCAGUGAAUUGCUAGAGGAGGGAAGUGCGGAUGAUCAGGGAGAUCAAGAAGAGGACGAGGUUGGUGAUGACGAAACACUCCGCGACCUGAUUGUGGAUCACUUCGACACGUCCACAGGCUCGCGCCCAGCAGCUGGCGCAAACACCAAUGUCCACAUGACGCGAUGUGGUGUUCACACCCUACAGCUGGCUGUACGCGACGGAUUGAAGCAACGAGGUGCACAUGCGGUGUUGGAGCAUGCCCGAAGCGUCGUGAAGAAGCUCAGGGCGCCGAACAUGGUGGCAUCUCUGAAAAAGAAAGGUCAUCUGCUCCCGAUCAUCGACGUGCCAACAAGGUGGGGCAGCAGCUACGCCAUGGUGAACCGCCUGCUGGAACUCCGGGAGGUGGUGCAAGAUUAUGCUGCUGUCGCGCCGGACUUGCACCUGUCGGACGAAAAAUGGCAGCGAAUCCAACAACUUGCUGACGUCCUCAAGGACCCAUACAUCGUGACCAUUCGGUUACAGAGCAGUGAGCUCACACCAGGGACGUUUCUCAAAGAGUGGCUGAAGCUGCGGGACGGACUGGAGAAGAAAGGGGGCAUCGGCGCCGCUAUCGCCUCCUCCAUGCGAGGGCGGGAAGAGACACUGCUCGAGUCGGAUGCCGUGUUGGCUGCCGUCUUCGCCGACGCCCGGUACAGGAUCCUACUAGGCGAGAGACUGCAACGUGCCGAAGAUGCCUUCAUCAAGAUCGCUCACAGGGUUCAUCACAUAGAGAACUCUGGAGCUUCUACUGCAGCAGAGCAUCAGCUGAGCAGCGCGAGCUCCGAGCAAGAAGACGACCCAUUUGAACAGGAGUUGGACCGGCUCGAACGCGGGCGUCAUGCAGUGAUGCAAACACCCUCUUCGGUGACGGAUGCAGUGCAUGAGAUGAAGAAUCUCGGACGACUGAAGGGAAAAGACGUCUGGAGCAUCAUCGGCAAGUACCCAGCGGCCGUUCAGACGACCAGCCUCGCCCUGGCCGCUCUACCCACGACACAAGUGUCAGUCGAACGGCUGUUCUCGGCCAUGAAACUUCUGCUAACGGACCUUAGAUCCCGGAUGAAGGAAGACAUCGUGGAGGCAAUGCUCCUCAUACGUUCCAAUGAGUAAAACGCGAGUGCUUGCAGUGAGAGAUGCAUGAUGUGAAAAGUUCUGAGUUGCUGUGAAAGCCAAUGACUCACUUUUACGUCUUUCCCAUGUUUUAGCGAUUUUGGGCAACAUGGUUCCAUUUUUCUGUAAAGAUGUGUUGGUUAAUACAAAAUACAUUCGAUGAGAAAAGAAAAGGCUGUUUUUGCUUGCUCAAAACCGUUAAAAUGCGCUAUAAGUUACUCUUUAACUUGGUGAAAAAUAAACCUAGCCGGAGCCGGAGCCACAAGGAGCCACACCAUUUUGC